AUGACUAAACAAUACAUCGUAAUAGACAAUGGGUCAUAUAAUAUAAAAGCCGGCUUCAAUUCGGGCGAAUCCACCUCCACUCCUCUCAAAAUCUCCAACUCAAUAACCAAAACACGAGAUGGUCUAAUCCACAUCGGAAACCAAUAUCAAUCCCACACCAACAAUUAUUCCGGCAUCCAAUUCAAACGACCCCAUGAUCAAGGACAUCUCACCUCUUGGGAAACCGAAAAGCCAAUCUGGGAUUAUACGUUGGAUCAGCUUUCACCCGACAAAGAGAUCGAUCCUGGGAAUGUUCAUCUAACCCUAACCGAGCCAGCAUUCCAAUUGCCCCAAUUAUCGAUCAAUACUGAUCAGAUCGUGUUUGAAGAAUAUGGAUUCAGUCAAUAUUAUCGAUGUAUGCCUGCCUCCUUGGUUCCAUUUGCCGUGGAUCCGAAUCUGGUGAAUACUGAUUUUCUGUUGGUGAUUGAUGCGGGAUUUAGUUCGACCUGGAUUGUGCCGAUGAUAUAUCAGAAUGUAUAUUGGGAAGGAGUGAGGAAAUUACCUGUUGGUGGGAGAUUAUUGAAUGGGUUAUUGAGAGAGGUGAUUUCAUUUAGACAUUAUGAUAUUUCCGAAGAUCCAAUAUUAAUAAAUACAAUUAAAGAGUCUACAUGUUUUUUGGCAACAGAUUUUAAUCAGACGUUGAAGAAUAAACAGAAAUAUCUUGCUGAAUUUGUAUUGCCAGAUUUUAAGACUACCACGACUGGGUUUGUUAAGACGAAGGAUACUCCUGAAAUACCUAGUGAUACACAGAUAUUAAAAUUAUAUGAUGAACGAUUUUCAAUCCCAGAAGCAUAUUUCCAUCCAGAGAUAAUAUUUGAUAAUAAUGAUAUCACUGCGGGGAAUUCAUUAGUUCAAAAUGCCCCAUUGAAAAAUUUGACAGAUUUGAUUGUAGAAUCAAUCAUGUCAUGUCCUGAAGUAACAAGACCUUUAUUACUGGCAAAUGUAUGUUUAGUUGGUGGAUCAGGAAAUAUACCUAAUUUCACAGAUAGAUUGAUACUGGAAUUAACCAAAGAGCUUCCUAUGAAUUGGAAAGUGAAGAUCCAUGCUACUCAUGAUGAUAUACCGUUGGAUGAAAUGAGUUGGUAUGGUGGAAUCAAUUUGACAAAUGAAGAUAUAUUGAGUAAUAUUAGUAUAUCAAAGAAGGAUUAUUUUGAACAUGGAGCCAAUUGGUGUCAGAAACAAUUUGGAUUUAAGAAUUUGUAA